AUGAGUCUCGGCCCCCAAUGCUGGCGCUGCCGCAAACGCCGCCUGCGCUGCAACUCCUCCCUCCCCUCCUGCCGCAAAUGCGCCCUCGCGUCCGUCUCCUGCCCCGGCUACGCCCCGACCCGGCCCAUCGCCUGGCGCAACCCGCUCCUCCUCACGUCCCACGGCAUCGUGCGCGUGCGCGAGAACGGCGCGCACGAGAAGGCAGGCCUCGGGCGCGCGAGCGUGAUGGGCAUCGUGUGCCGCGCGCCGCGGAGCGUGCGGUCCGAGGUGGAGUUGCGCAUUGCGGCGGAUGCGAUUGAGUAUUAUAAUCUGCAUGUGGCACCGGACUUGGUGCCGUACGCGACGGAGCGGAGUCCGUACCAGAUCUCGCCGAGUGAGAUUGGGGAGUUGGCGGAGUACGUGCGCAAAUCGUACAUUUCGAUAGCGGCGCUGCAUCGGUUCGUCAGCGGGGAGCCGGCGGGUGUGGCUCGGCCCCAUCGCCCGACGGAUGGGACUGUUAUUUCAGAGCUCAUGGCCGCGGGAGAUUUCAGGAGUGUGCACUUUGCGUCGCAAGCAGCCGCGAUCAGGGCGCUUAGCGAGGAGCUCGGGAAGCACCAGUCCGACCAGAACGGCGCCGGGGCGGGGCCGGAGAUUUUGCUUGGCAUCAUGUUCUUGUUCCUCAAGUACUUUUUCACUGUCGUCUUGCUGACCUGCAAACAGAUCCAGUACUCGGCAUACGCGCCGUGGCAGGCUCACAUCCACGGAGCAUGGAGCUUGAUAGCCGUCCAGGGCGGCAUGGAAGUAUUAGCUAAGGCGAGUACGGAUCUCUGCCGCGUCCUGCAACAAGUCGCCGUCGUGGACAUAUUCGGCAUGUCGACGAACUGCCUGACGGAGGCUUCAGCUAAGGUAGUUCUCUCGCGGUACGCAGCGUACGCGAUGAUAUUUGACGAGAGCACGGUUGAUAUGGCCAACCCGUGGACGCUCAUGCCGAAUGGGCUGGCCAGGACCAUCAACCAGAUCAACAUGCUGCGCGCAGAGAACCUUCUUCUCCCGUCGGCGGAAUCACGCACGCAAGGCCUGUUGACAGUACUGGAGUUCCUCGACGCUGCGUCGCCCGAUGCCUGGGCUGCUGAAGUCGCGACCAAUGCCACCGUCUGGCUGGCGCCCGGCAGGUUGAGUGAAGACGACGACACGAGGACAGCGUGGAAAGCUCUGAUGACUGCUUUCUUGAACGCCACGGUUUUGUAUGCCAUCAAUAGCCUGGCGGGUCUGGGCGAGACGUCUCUGAGAGCUUUCGCAUCCUCUCCAGACCUAAUGUCAUCCCUUGUCUCUAGAGAGUCGGCAGCUUAUGAAGCGCUGAUAUGCUCAAUCCGCAUCCUAUUCGACCAAAGAGCCCAACGGCGGCAAACUCAAGACCUCAAAUCGGAUCCUCCCGCAACCAGCGCCGGUUUGCUACACAAAUUCGUCAUUUGGCCGAUGGUGGUCGGCGGCAUCCAAGCCGCGCUCGUCCGUCGCGACGACGAAGCCGCGGGGUACCUGUGCUCGGGAAUGCAGUCCAUCGGCGAAGAGCUGGGCACGGUCAGCAUGAUAGACGGUGCCCGUCUCGUGGAGAAGCUGAGCCAAGCGCAUAGAAACGGCCGUGAGCUGACAUCGUGGGACGGCCUCUUCGACGGGGCACCCCUGUUCUUGAUGUGA